AUGGUUCACCAAGACCUAGCCUUAAACCCCCCACAAACACUUCACGAGAUCUUCCCCCCCGUACAGAAGUCCCACAUACUGAACUGCGCCUUCGCCUCGUGGUACACGCGCUACAAGUCGAUAACCCCGAAAGCACGUGUGAUCCCGCUAACGCCAGAGUUCCUUGCUUAUCUGCGUGAGGAUGGGAUCAUCCUCCCGGACGACGAGGACGUUCCCCCGCCCGCUACGGCCACCUCCGGCUCGGAUGACGAGGAAAUGAGUGCGCCCAGCCACUUCCCUCCUGGCGCAGCCGAGGAUGAGGAGGACGACGAGGAUGACGGGGCGAGUAACCCCACGCAGAGAUUCCCUCAACUCCACUCCCAAAUCAAACAGACGAUAGCGACCCUCGGCGGCGCCGUGACCCCGAAACUCAACUGGUCCUCCCCCAAGGAUGCUCUCUUCAUGAGCGCAACGCACACUCUCGAGUGCUGGACACCGGGCGACAUUUACCUGCUGCUGAAAUCCUCCGACUUCAUAACUCACGACCUCGAGCACCCGUUCGACGACACUGAUCCGUCCGACACAACCCCCGCCUCCUCGAUCCCGUACCAUCUCGUCCUGCGGAAAUACUUCAACAUGAACCCCGCCCUCGAAUUCCGCACCUUCGUCGCCGGUAGCCGGAUCGUGGGCAUUUCUCAGCGUGACUUCAAUCACUACUCCUUCCUGGGCGAAUUGGAGACCGAGAUUCGGGGGCUGGUUGUGGACUUUUUUGAGGAGUUUUUGGCCGGGUUUCCGGAUGAGGAUUUCGUGUUUGAUUGUUAUGUGGAGCCCACGGCGCGGGAGGGUGGAGGGGGAAGGGGGAGGAGGAGGGUUUGGUUGGUGGAUAUCAACCCCUUUGCUCCGAGGACUGAUUCUGCCUUGUUUUCAUGGGGGGAGAUAUUACGGCUUCGCACGCAGGAGGUGGACGAGGCUGACGAGGACGUGGUGGAUGUUAGGCUCGUGGAGAGCGGGGACCCGGAACCGUGGGGGUUCGGCACCGCGACCCACUCUGCCAGCAAGUUGCCCAGGGAGGUGGUUGAGGCCGGAGCGCAGGGGGAGGAGGCUGUGUGGGAGUUUGCCAUGAGGUGGAGGGGAAUAAUGCAGGAGAUAGAGAGGGGGGAGGGGGGUGAAGCCUAG